AUGACAUCGUUUGAGUUUAGGCUUGCCGAAGAGAUGGGAGUUUCGAUUAUAGGGUGUGUUUCAUAUGUUGGGAUGGGGGAUUUGUGUUUUGCUCAUGUUGAUGAAGAUGAUAUCUCUUCUCAUAAACUAGAGUUGUUAGUUGGAAAAUUUGUUAGGGGCUUGAAAUAUGAAGGUAACACCUUCUACAAAAAUAGUAAUAUGGGAUUAGCACUGGCAAAAUACUCUCUUACACUCAAGAUUUUAUCUUUUGUUAUGGUUUUUAAUGAUGAAGAUAAAUCAGUUUUUUCAAGCCUUGUUGUGUCUCUUAAUAUAAACUUGGGUGCUUAUUACGUCAAAGAGAAAAACUUUGACAAGAUGGGUCAGUUGUGUUCUGAAGUUUUGUGUUAUGAUACUUCAAAUGUGAAAGCUUACUUUAGAAGGGCGGUGGCAGCUUUAGAGCUCAAUAAACUCGAUUUAGCUUUUAUGGAUCUUGUACAAGCGAUUAGAAUUGAUCCCAAUAACAGAUCGAGAGUUUCAACAAAAACUCAAGGAGGUGACGUCUUUAUUGUGUUGGUCUCCAAUUUAUGCAUAAAAGUGUCAACCAUUUAA